CAACCAUGCAUAAUAAAACUCCCCUCUACAGCGGCAUCCCCAAACCCUAAAUUCCUUGUGCCUCAAUUUGCAUUCUCAAUAGCGAAGGCCCUAUCAUCUGGUAUCAUGGGGGAUCCGAAAAAAUCUCAACCUUCCGCCGCCGCCGCUGAUCUCACCUCCAGCCAAGUUGAUCUCCAGGGGAAGUUACAGGAUAUGGAGAAAUCUCUGGGCAAUGUAAUAGAGAAAACCCAAAAGUUCGAAUUGCAAACAUCAAUACUGGAGCCACGUCCCCGGCCUACGAUGUCUUCUGCCGCCGCUGAACUCACCACUGCUCAAUACCGUGCCUUGACCAAGUUAUUGGAGGUGCUUUCCGCCCAGCUUUCUGCACAGCUAUCCGCCCAGCUAUCCGCCCAGCUAUCGGCCCAGCUCGAUUCGCAGAAAUCAAUACUGGAGGAGCUUCGCCUUAUACGCCCCAGUAAUGCUAUCAACUUUCAAUCCGAAAGGAAGAAGACUCCAAAUUUCACUGUUCCCGACCGUGAGCCCUUUAAUCCUUACCCAAGCUUUUCUAUGGUGGAGGAUGCAUCGACGGUAAAUCAGGGGGAAGAAAGAUCUGUAUAUUUAUUGAUGUCUUAUUACGAUGGCCGUCACACUGAUUCAAUCUAUCAAGUUACAUUCAAACAUGGAGGAGUUACUCAUGAACCCCCAGUAGUUGAACUUGAGGAGGAGUUUUAUGACGGUUUUUACGUUCAGGGUGCCAGGAUUUCCAACCGCUCCAAAUUUUACAUCCUUCUACAGAACGGUUAUAAUAACCCUUUCGAGGGAUACUCUCGGGUGCCAUCAGGAUAUAGUAUUGAACCAAAGACUUGGUCAUAUCAUUCAUCUCUUCCUCCUAACAUAACAUCUAAACCACUAGCAACUCUUGUGUCUGCGUAUGACAAGCUUUACUAUAUUGCAUCUCCAGUGUGCUUACCACCAAUUAAGGAGCCCUCAUUCGAGAGAUAUGAUCCUACUCAAAACCGUUGGGAGCGAAUGCCUUCUUUUCCAUUUUAUCAUGAUGAUGGGACCCGUAUGGAAAUAAUUGGUUAUGCAGUUUGUUAUGGUGUUAUUUUGUUUUCAUUGUGGGACUCCGACCUGAAUCCCAAUGUCGUUGCUUUUCAUGAGAGAAUAAACCAAUGGAGUCAAGUGACUUUUGCAUCUUAUGCUCCUUUUCGAGGAAGGGCUGUAGUUGUAGGUGAUACUAUCUAUGCCGUACAUGCACUUAUGGUGGAGCAGAUUAUAGCAUUCUCCUUUAAGAUGGACAAAGGUGAACAUGGUCACAUUACAUAUUCCCUAAGCCCGCUGUUUAUAUUGUGUGGCUUGGAAAUCGCGUGUCCGCCAGUGCCAUUGUGUGAAUUUAAGACAGGGUAUUUAGUUCAUUUGGGUAACCAUGACUUUUUUCAUGUCAUGACUGGCAGUCCCAAUAGCGAAGCACGUCCCGAGGUUCAAUAUCUUUGUAUCACCACAUUUCAAAUUGUCGUUGGAGAAGGAGGAAGACCCAUGAUCAAGACCAUACAGUCAACUAUUCAUCCUGUGAAUAUCAAGGAUCGUGAUUGGUUCUUCCUUGAGUUCUGCUUCACGCCUGAGUGCGGGGAUCAUGAACCCAUAGAAGGGGACAUUAUGAUUAGUAUGAAUCAGCCAAAACAAGAAAAAACCACUAAGAAUGAACAUGAAACAACUCAGGAUGAGAAUGUUUUGACCUGGGAGGUGGCUCGUAGCGAAUUCCUUGCUCGUCGGUGUCAAAGAAAGAGGCCAAGAAAGAAGCCAAGCUGGAGUAACCGCCAUGUAGUAUGA